UUGGAAAUAUGAAGUGGUGCGACCUUGUUGCGCCACUGGCGGGGGUGGGGGAGACAAUAUGCAUUGUCUACUGGGAGGUUCUUAUAUAUACCAAGUAGGCUAAGAGACCUGCAGUCAAUUUUUUUUCUUGGAAAAUAACAUGAAGUUUUGGGUGGCGGCGAUUUUUGUGCAGGGGGCGGUGGCGGCGGCGGUCGUCGGCCGAGGGGAGCAUGCCGUCGAUUAUUACUCACACCCAAAAUACGCUUUCAAAUAUGGAGUUUCCGAUCCGCAUACGGGUGACCAAAAGGCCCAGACCGAGGUCCGCGACGGCGACGUCGUCAAAGGCCAGUACUCCCUGGUGGAGCCCGACGGUAGCAUUCGCACAGUGGACUACGUGGCCGACCCUGUGAACGGGUUCAACGCCGUGGUGUCGAAAAGCGCGCCAUCUUUGCACCUUCCACCUGUCAAACAUGUUCCAGCUAUUGUUAAACAGGUGGCGCCGGUAGUCAGACCUGUGUAUGCUAAGGUGGCACAGCCUGUAGUCAACGCCGUCUACACCUCUUCCAUAGGUUCAGCUUACAAAGGCCCGUUUUAUGGUGACUAUGACGCUUAUGGCUACGCCAACUACGACCUGGAUGCCCUCUAUGACAUUCCCAGCCACCACUACUAGCCAAAACCUAGAUUUAAGUCGAUUAUAUUUUUGUACAGUUUUAAUAAGUGUAACAAAGUUCGUCAAUAAAACAAGGCCAGUUUUGAGUAAAA